AUGGAGCAUCCAUUCCCUUCUCCACACGCCUACAGACAAGCCAACACCUCGCUCCCGGCUGGUCAAGUCAAAGCUGGCAGACAGACAGACGAUCGCGAUGAAGCCGAUAGCCCGGAAGACGCCUGGUCAGGGCAGGAGAGCGGCCACGACGCUGGCGCAGUGGAUCGAAAGGGCUCGCAAUCCUCGGAGCGGUCGUUGAAGAGAAAACGUCCGGUGAUGGUCUCGUAUAUCACCCCCCCCGCACCCUUUCGGCCUUCUUCCUUAUGCUCCUCAUCGUCCUUCAAUAAUUCAACUCCUGGUGCAGUCACUGACCAAUUCAGAUGCGAACUUUACCGCCUAGAGGAAGUUAUCCAGGCGCAAGCACGACUUAUCGAAACCCAUAUAAUACAAGGCCAACGCCGUACAGGAAAUGAAAUUCACCCGAAUCAAUGUCCGCCAGCAGCUCCAUCCUAUGGCUCCCCAUCAGACCGAUCCGCCGCGCCCGAAUCUAGCCCCAGGGACACAUUAUACCAACAUGCUUCGACCUCGAGCCUCCCGACGCCGCACCGCCGCAUCUCGGUUAUCGGGAAUUAUAAUCAGGAACAAAACACAUCCACUCCGUCAGAUAAGCCGUUCAGUAAUACUCCACCAAGUCAACUUCAAAAUGGCCUACCCGCGCAAAGCCUACUACCCCAGCCCACAGAAACACAGCGGCGUGAUUUUACUCCCGGAGAGCCAUCAUCCCUGAGGCUUCCAGCCGUCCCUAUCCACUCUUCAAAUCAGAGUAGCCCGUCUCUUGCCGAUCCUAAUGCCGAUCUUCCGCCCUACGAUCUUCUUUACUCAUUGGUCGACCUAUACUUUGAACAUAUAAACGCAUGGUGCCCGAUACUUCAUCGGAGAACAACAUUAGACACACUUUUCGGACCAUCACCGUUAAAAGAAGAAGAUCGGAUGCUUUUAUAUGCAAUAGUCGCUACAACCCUACGAUUUUCUAAGGAUACUCGACUCAACGAAGAGAACCGGAAGCGGUACCACGAUUCGUGUAAACAGAAGGUUCUUCUAUACGGCCUUGAUAAUUCAUCAGUGACGUCUCUAGAAGCUCUAGUGAUUUUGGCAUUGGACGUUGUCGGUUCAUCUAACGGCCCUCCAGGAUGGAAAUUACUCGCGCUUAUUGCUAGGUCGGUUGUACAACUGGGCCUAGCUGUAGAGGCUACGUCAUCUCUUGUAGCAACAAUGUUCCCAUCUAUAUAUACCCUCAGAGCCAAUAUUCUUCCUGACUCUAGAACAUGGAUCGAAGACGAAGCCACAGCCUUCGAUUUUGCACUUGAUGGGAAGGAAAUUGACAGGAGGCUCCCAUGCAAAGACGAAUACUUUGUUAAGAACCAACCUGUUGAGACGAGGUUUUUUGAUACCCACGAACAGAUAGAGUACGUUAGUCGGAGCCAGUAUAUGGUGGAUAUCAGUGCGAUCGCCGAUGUUGAACAGUGGCAGUCGACAUAUAGGAAGCUAGAUAAUGAGUUGACUGCGUGGGAAUACCGUUUACCGAAAGAGUAUUCCUUCGCGAUGUCAUCCCGAUAUUUGGCAUCCUCUAAGUCUAGAUCCGUUCACUGUGGCUGGAUCAUGCUACAUGCAGCGUACCAAACCACCAUCAUCCGAUUACAUUCAUCAGCUGCCUAUCCAACCACCCGCUCUCCCAUCUUCACCCCAUCAUACGGCGCCAUCCAGCGCUGUCUCGCCGCCACUGAGAGGAUCCGGGCCAUCGCCAGGUUUGUCGUGGAUAAUAAUGUCCUAGACAAGUUUGGUCCCCCGUUCGCUUUCACACUCUGGGUAUCCGCACGACUGCUCCUAGUGAACGGCUCAACAGCAGCCCAUACGCUUGACCCUGCGAUUACCUUCUUCGUCGAUUCGCUUCGUCGCAUGGGCCAAUAUUGGAAAGUCGCCAAGCGAUAUAGCGAGAUCCUGCAACGAGUCUUGGACGAAUAUAACGAGUUUGCACAGUCCGGUCCCACAGAUGGGGAUCGCACAACGCCUUCAUCGGUAAAGAUCCUAGCCGACAUGAGGCGAUGUGCUUUCGAUCUUGACUUUUUGAUUUCCCAUCAACCUCCCAGAGCCAGCAGCACUAGCCAGACACCCGUGAUAGGAGGGGCCGCAGCAGCAGUAGGUGGCACGAAUACGCCAAAAGCGAAUACUACUACGCCACUUGUACCACCACGCAACCUCAGCCCUCAUGAACUUGAGUAUUUGGAUAUCUUUGACUUCUUCAAUGUUCCUCGCGUCCCUGUAACGGGGGGAAACCCCAAUGGCCCCCCGCCAAUCAAUGACCUAGUAAUGGAUCAAGCCCAACAGCAGACAAUCUCGCCAUCUCAACCACAACCAAAUAACCCCACCGUCUCUGCAACAGUGGGAGGCAUCUCGGUCGCUGAUUUAGCUAAUGCCGCUGCUGUCAACGCUGCAGCCGCAGUACAGGCGACGAACGAGUUUAAUAUCACCAAUUAUAUGGUUCCGACCCCUGAGACGGACUGGCUAUUUAGAGCUACCACAUAG